CCGGGCGGGGAGACAGUCGCCGCGCGGACGCCGGACCGGGACAGAGAGCAGAAAAAUCACCUUCCUCUCUAGCCCAUCCCCUGACUCUGGUCAUUAACUCCGCAAUUGGCUGAGCUCGCCGGAACAGCAUAGGCCAGGUGCCUCAUAUCCCAGGACGCCCUAUCUCAACCUGAGAGUCCUCCUCCUUCAAGCCUAUCUGCCAUAAUGCUGCUGUUGCACAGAGCUGUGGUCCCGGGGCUCCGACAAGCCUGCAGACUCAAGUCAACUGCCUCACAGCUCUGCAUUCGAGCCUGCUCUACGAAUGACUCGUUUCAGUCCCAGCAUCCCAGCCUUGCUUUCACUGGUGAUCAUUCCAGCACAAGGGGAUGGAGAGUCGUGGGGACCCUGCUAGGCCUCGGUGCAGUGUUGGCCUAUCAUGACCAUAGAUGCAAGGCUGCACAGAAGUCACCACGUAUUUACACAAGGAAGGAAGUGAGUACCCACUGCAGCCCUGAGACUAGAAUCUGGGUGACUCUGGGCAAUGAGGUCUUUGAUGUCACAGAAUUUGUGGAGCUACAUCCUGGGGGGCCAGCAAAGCUGAUGCUAGCAGCUGGGGGUCCUCUAGAGCCCUUUUGGGCUCUCUAUGCUGUUCACAACCAAUCCCAUGUGCGUGAGCUAUUGGCUGAGUACAAGAUUGGGGAGCUGAGCCCUGAAGACAAGGCACCCUCCACCUUGAAGACCUCUGACCCUUAUGCUAAUGAUCCUGUACGUCACCCAGCCCUGAAGGUCAACAGCCAGCGCCCCUAUAAUGCAGAGUCUCCUCCUGGGCUGUUAACUGACAACUACAUUACACCCAACCCGAUCUUCUUCACCCGGAACCAUCUGCCUGUACCUGAUCUAGACCCGGCCACUUACCGCCUAAAUGUUGUUGGCCCCUCUGGGCGUAAGUCACUGUCUCUGUCUCUGGCCGACUUGCGUAAAUUCCCCAAGCACGAGAUCACAGCCACUUUGCAGUGUGCUGGCAACCGGCGCUCUGAGAUGACUCAGGUCAAAGAAGUAAGAGGUCUUGACUGGAACACAGGGGCCAUUAGCACUGCACGUUGGGCUGGGGCACGGCUGUGUGAUGUUUUAGCCAAAGCUGGUCACCGACUCUCUGAAUCUGAGUCCCACGUCUGCUUUGAGGGGCUUGACUCAGAUCCCACUGGGACUGCCUAUGGAGCAUCCAUCCCUCUGGCUCGGGCCAUGAACCCUGAAGCUGAGGUCCUGCUAGCAUAUGAGAUGAAUGGACAGCCUCUGUCUCGUGACCAUGGCUUUCCUGUGCGGGUGGUGGUUCCUGGUGUGGUGGCUGCCCGCCAUGUCAAAUGGCUGGGCAAAGUGAGUGUGGAGCCACAAGAAAGUUUCAGCCACUGGCAACGACGGGAUUACAAAGGUUUCUCUCCAUCUGUGGACUGGAACAAUGUAGAUUUUGAUUCGGCUCCAUCUAUUCAGGAACUUCCGAUCCAGUCAGCCAUCACAGAGCCACAAGAGGGGGCGACAGUAGAGUCAGGAGAGGUGACUGUCAAGGGCUAUGCAUGGAGUGGUGGUGGGAGGGCUGUGAUCCGGGUGGAUGUGUCCCUGGACGGGGGCCUAACUUGGCAGACAGCUGAGUUAGAUGGGGAGGAACAACGCCCCCGGAAGGCCUGGGCCUGGCGACUAUGGCAGCUGCAAGCCACUGUGCCACCCGGGAAAAAGGAAUUGAACAUUAUUUGUAAGGCUGUCGAUGACAGCUACAAUGUACAGCCGGAUACCGUGGCCCCAAUCUGGAACCUUCGAGGUGUGCUCAGCAAUGCCUGGCACCGUGUCCGUGUCCAUGUUGCCCCAUGAGGUGAAAUGGAACCAUUUACUUCCUAGAACCACCCUUUCCACCCUUGGUUUUAUUACCACAGAAAAACCUUUUCCUUCAUCUCUACUUCUUGGAUCAGAACACUGAACUAUGCUUUCCUGAACCUUACACAGGUACACACAUUGCACAUUUCCACCCAGACACCUGCACUCCUUUAACACUAUGUUAUACACUCAUCAUGACCAUUGACCCUGUACUAGGAGGUGAGAGCUGUAGGAGCAAGGGGCUGACGGGGAGAAGUAUUUUUGGAGACAAGCACUCUUUUCUCUUCCUACCCUUGCGCCACUUCUACUGCCUGUCGCCACUAAGGCCUUAUUUUACUUCUUGUAUUCUUCAGAGAAUGUGUGUGGGUAUUUGUAUAUGCAACUUUAUAUUCCUCUGGAUUUCAGGGAUUGUGAGGGGUGCAACCCGCUCUCUUUGUAGCCCCAUUUUUCUAAGUACAUCAAUAAAGUAUCUGUUGAAGACUACAACUCUGGAAAAAAAAUGAUUAUGACUUU